AUGGAGCAUGCAUCGACGGCCAAUGGCAAGCUCCCGCGUGAACUGCUCGAACUAAUUUUCAAAAAUCUUUGUCCAACUAUCGAAGACAGAGACUCAGAUCCAGGACAACUGGACCGUUUGUUACUCGUCUGCCGAUUUUGGACAAUGGUAGCGCUGGAUUAUCGACACCUCUGGUCCUCCAUCUUCAUUAUUCUCAAAAGGGAGCCUGACUACGCCUUUUGGACAUCCUAUGCACGUACGCGUCUGCAACGCGCCGGACCAACAGAGCCACUGCAAAUCAAGUUAAUCACCAGAGGCCUCUAUAAUCAAACUGAUCAAGAUGAGGAGAUGAAAAUUCUGCUCAGCAUUCUUACCGGAUCCACGGGAGAAGUUGCUCAGCGGUGGAGACAACUGGUCUGUGUAUCCACCAAGCCCACUACCAAAAGAAUCUACGAUCAUUUCUUUUCGUUUCCUACACCAAAACUUGAGAUUCUCAUCAUAAAUGGGGUUUCCAUACUUCAAACGUACCAAUUCCUGCCCGAUACUCCUUCUCUGUCGGAAUUGCGCUUGGCCUGGUGCAAUAUACCCCACAUCAAGGACUUGUCCUCCUUGAUCUGUCUAGAUAUUACCAUGUCUGGUAACGCUGCCAAUCUACUCGAGCAAGCCACUCGAUUAGAAAGGUACAAGUAUACCCACCUGCGAGAUUGGGAACUAACCAGGACUAUUCAUCUCCCUCGUCUUCUGCAUCUCGAAAUCAUGGCUCCAUUCUUUUCUGGAUCCCUGAACAGGCUUACCGCGCCCAACCUCGUCGGAUUACGAAUUCACCUACCGCGUUCGGACCACAUCUCUUGGGUUUUCAACGCUCCAGGGAUACCACUCCGAGCACUGAGAGAGCUUGAUUUGUAUUCAUGCCUCAUGGAUGAGCAGCUCGACAAGGGAGAACUACGAAAACUUCUACUCGCCACGCCAAACCUCAAAAAAUUGUCAUCUGGACAGCCAAACAUCGCAGUAUUACUUCUUUGUCUGCUCUUGGAUAUGGAUAAUCUUCACCAGGCGGCGCCGGGAUUACUCUUUGGCUGCCUCAACGAUACAGCAUUGCUCGGAGUUGGAGAAGAAAGACAGAAGACGAUAAUGCGGCUCCUGGAAAUCAUCAAAGAGAAGUACAAACAUCUUCUCUAUAUUUCUGUUUAA